CACACCUCUUGUUUCUCCUCCCUAAGAAAUACUAUUUUUGACAUUUACUGCUCAAAUUCUUCAGCAAAUAUGAGACAGGGUUCUCUGAAUGGCCACUACAGCCUUCGAAGAAACAUUGUCCCUGCCAAACACCUUCAGGAUUACCAUGUAGAAGGAGUGAGCUUGGCUAAGAGGAAGUGUACCCGUGCCAGGACCAAUGGUCCAUCCGGGGACAGUUCUUCUCAGGCUCAUCUCCAACUACCUGUCUCCACGGUUGACCACAGUGGUGGUAGGUUGAUCCUCCGCAUAAGGAUCCCUCGACCUCAGGAAGCCCACCAAGAUGAACAUCAUGGUGGUCACUGUGGAUCCAUCUCAGACCUUAUUUCCCCCUCCACCCAAGAUGGAUUUCAGGGUGCUGAUACAGGAUGUGGGGUGUCCAAGGCUCCUGAGACACUUGAGAUUGCCAACAUCUUACUUGGUCUUGGACAAUCUGUGUACCCACAGGACACAGUCCAACGGACUGGACCGACCUCCCAUGGAACUCCAUUCGUUCAGGAGAGGUGGGACCCCCAGGGACAGCAUCAGGUCCACACCUACUGCAAGGUGCCUGCCAUCAGUGACCAUGUGCCCUCAAGCACCAUCAGUGCCAAUGGAGACAGCUCUGGGAGCAAAGGUCGCAGAAAGAAGCAGGCCAACCCUUGCCGUAUUGUGCCCGGUAAAGUGCAGGCCCAGGACAUCAAGGUCCUACCUGUCCCACAGACUGGGUACCAGAACAUCUCCAGCUCAGGACCUUACAAUACCCAGCCAGGUGACAGCAGCAGUCACGAAACCAACUGUGAGAGCAAAGGUCGCAGAAAGAAGCAGGCCACCCCCCGCCACAUCAUGCCCUGUAAAGUGCAGAAGCAGGACUUCAAGGUCAUGUAUGUCACCAAGCCUGCUCUCUUCUGCUCCAAGUCAACCUUUGCAGGACUGCCUUACAGCCUCAAUGAGAUUUUGGGACUGCCACAGACACCUCGUUAUGGCUUCAUCGAGCGAAAAAGGCGCCUAAAUGAUGGCAAGAAAUUCAACCCUCAGGACAUAGACAUCCCCUUCGAGUGGUCACCAUCUCCUAGGGAGAAUGAGGACAUGUUCUUUCCUCAUCUGAAUGAUUCUUCUUACAAAGCUGAGGCAGCUGAGAGGAAGAGGAGAGAAGCUUCUCUCCAAAGCAGCCUCCAGCAGAUGAAGGAGCCUCUGGACGAGCGUUACAUUAAGAAUGCUGCUGUGCUCCCUGACCUUCGCCAGCCAACACCAGCACCAGCUCCGCCACAGACCUUUACCCCAAAGCCCAGCUGCAGCAAUGGGUCACUGGCCCAGGAGGUGCCUCUGAAGAUCCAUGGCUAUAGCGUGGAGCACUUCAAGAGGAUUUACCACUCUGUGGUGGAUCCCAAGUUGACCACUAAGUCCGGCAACCCUCGGCCUUAUGGUCUUGAGAUGGGACGGGUCAUCAAACAGCGGAUGUGGGAGACAUUCAACUGCCCGUCAUUCGUGGAGACUGAGGCUGCUGAUGGCAGGGUCUGGAUAUCAGAGGCCUACUGCAGUCCCAACCUGAAGCCUCACGCACCUCUCAUUGAUGUGGACAUUAGUCAGGAGCCCAUGCCAGAGAAGCCAAAGCGAAAGAGGGCGAGGCGAUGAAUUCAUAGAUUACAAGAUUUUUUUUUUUUCUUGAAUGCAAAAUCAUGAUUUUUGGCUACCGAUCAUCAUAUCCUAAGAUUUUUUGGACUUUUACAUAAGCCCUGUUUUUUUUUUUAAAUAUUAAAUUAUCAUGAUUUUCAAUUAAAUUAAAUUGAAAUGAAAUUAAACUGAAAGUAAACUAUUCAUAUAUUACAUUUAUUUUUGAAAUAAAUUAUUGAUAUUGUAUUUCAUUGAUACAUUUCCUUUUCUAUGAUAUACAAUAAUGCAUUCAA